AUGUACUCCGGGAACAACAGCCGCGCGAGCAGCCUGGAGCCCACGCCGGGGGAACAGGACUUGGAGCGGCGACGGCAGCAGGCGGCGGGGGACUCGGGGAGGCCGUUCAGCGCCAGCACCUACCAUCUGUUAGCCCUGCUUAUCGCCGCUAUCGGCUUCGUGGGCUUGUGCAACAAUUUGCUGGUCCUGGGGCUUUACAUUAAGUUCAAGCGGCUCCGCACGCCCACCAACCUCUUCCUGGUGAACAUCAGCCUCAGCGACCUGCUGGUGUCGUUUUUCGGCGUCAGCUUCACUUUCCUCUCCUGCCUCAGGAAUGGUUGGGCCUGGGACGAGGCCGGCUGCAUGUGGGACGGCUUCAGCAACAGCCUCUUCGGAAUUGUUUCGCUUAUGACUCUCACUGUCUUGGCCUAUGAGCGGUACAUUAGAGUAGUACAUGCAAGAGUGAUUGAUUUCUCGUGGUCUUGGAGAGCAAUCACGUAUAUCUGGCUUUAUUCCUUAGCCUGGACAGGAGCACCUCUUCUUGGCUGGAACCACUACACACUAGAACUUCAUGGAUUAGGUUGUUCAGUCGACUGGAGUUCAAGAGAACCCAGUGAUACUUCCUUUGUUCUCUUUUUCUUUUUUGGUUGUCUAGUAGUACCACUUGGAAUUGUGGUCUUCUGCUAUGGGCAUAUUCUUCAUGCAGUACGAAUGUUUCAUUGUGUGGAAGGCUUGCAAACUGUCCAUGUGAUCAAAAUCUUAAGAUAUGAGACGAAAGUGGCUAAAAUGUGUUUUUUAAUGAUAACCACAUUUCUUAUUUGCUGGAUGCCAUAUGCUGUGGUUUCUCUUUUAAUAGCCUAUGGUUAUGGUCACCUUAUAACUCCAACAGUGGCUAUUAUCCCGUCUUUCUUUGCCAAAUCAAACACUGCCUACAACCUAAUUAUCUUUAUUUUCAUGAAUAGAAAGUUUCGACAGUGCCUUAUGCAGCUCGUCUGUGUUCACCUCUUGCGGUUUCAGAGGAUUUUAAAAGGAAAGCCGGCAACCAGGAGUGAAAAGCCAGUAAGGCCCAUUGUUGGGCCACAGAAGGCGAGGGACAGGCCCAAGAAGAAAGUGACAUUCAGCUCUUCCUCUGUCAUUUUCAUUAUCACCAAUGAUGAAAUGCAAGAAAUAGAUGACAGUUUGAAAGACACAGGCACAAAAGCAAAUGUGAUCCAAGUGAAGCCUUUAUAGCAGAUUGCCCAGAAAUUGUUCUAACUUAGGGUGACAUCUGUUUACAAAACUUUGAGUGGCACAAUUUGCAAGACAGUACUAUCUUAUAUGAAAUACUUUUUCUUUGUGCAUUUCUAUAAUAAUUGGCCAAGGAGGGGAGCCCUACAAACCUUAAUGAGGUAUUCUGCAGAAUUGUACUGAAUUGUAGUAUCGGUGACUCAAAGCUCGGUUGUAACCACCUGAGAUUGUGACAUAUGCCUGAAAGAUAGAUUUUUAAACCUAUUUUUUCUUUAUUGUCUCUAAAUUACCUUCAACCCCCUGUAGGAAAU